UGAUAACUAAAUAAAAUUCAGUUUAAAACUAUAAGCACUAGCUGAACUAAAAGCUGAAGAGAAAAUGUCACUUUUUUACAGCAGUAUAUAUAUUAUAAAAUGUGAACAGGUUACAACUUGGGCAUAUCUUAUCAGUACCAUGAUGUCAUUCAAAACUGACCAACCAAACUACCAUGGUACACAAAACUGGUACAUUUUAUCAGAUGACGUCUUGUUUAUUCUUGGAUGUGUUCUAUCGUAACAUUCCACUAAAUGGAAUGUAUAGUUAUCGCAUAUAUAUGACAUCAUCCUCACAAACGGAAACUUUGGAAUGUUCUGGAACAAAUGUUUAUCUCAAAUAGUAAUAAAGUCUCCUUCACUUACUGUUGUAGUAUCAUUUGUUAUUGUGUGUUACUGAAUUAGUCAAUGUUUUUAUUUUCUCUCUCUUAAAUAAUGCCUAACAUUAAUAAUCCUAAAAGAAAAGUAGACCAAUCUAUGGAAUUUUCUUCAAACAAGAAGUUAAGAAUCGAUGUUUCAAAAAACGAUGGAUUAUUUAGCGACGACCACAUGCCCGAUGAAGUGUUUCCGAUAGGCAACGAUGUUUUUGUUAAGGCAACUACCUAUCGCGGUUUUGUUACCGUCCACCUACGUCAAUACAAGAAAUAUUGUAAAAUUUAUUAUCCAACAACUGAAGGAAUUACACUUAGGCCAUGGUGGAUUGAGUAUAUCAUGGGUCGCAAAAGAGUUCCGGAAACAAAAGGUGAAUUACCUGGUGGACUCUACCCACCCGAAAAGGAAAUUCAAAUCUCAACUACAGUGUUGGAUCUUAUGUAUAAGAACGUGAACCUUUUAGACGCUUUUAAAACUUUCUGUGAAACUCCUAUUGAAAAAGCUUUACCAAGUUCUUUGGAUAAAAGUCUUGGAGAAGAGUUCCUGCUUAAAACUCUAAAAAAAUCUAUUUGUGACAUUUUGAUUGAAAAUGGUAUGAAAGAACCGACUAGACUUGCUGAAGAACUGUUUGGCAACCGCAUAGAAACUUUUAAUUCUUUUGCUUUUUCUCUCGAGGUAAUGGAAUUGGCUGAACAUUUUUAUUCUAAGUUAUGGGACAGUCAAAAGUCUUUAUUAUUGAAACCUGUUAACUAUGUUACUGAGGAAUUUUUUGAAAAUUUAAAUUUACCUCUUAUGUUAAGAGAAGCUAGAGAGUACAUGUGUCCUAGUGAUACUUUUGAAUAUUUCGAAGAUUUUGUUAAUUCUAGCAUGUAAAUAUAUAGCAAAAAUUUCGAAAGUUUAAAUAAAAAAA